AUGUCAUCGCUCGAAGUUCUCGUCGCGCAACAUCGUCAAAAGUUGACCGAAUUAUACACGCUCAUCUCACCUCAACCCACCGAACUCGUUACCGCGCAACUCGACGCCCUACAAGCGCUGCUCGGCGCGACGAUCGAUCAACAACGACUCUGCGCCGAGAAUGAACGAGAUCAGAUUCAAGCUUCGUUGGACAAGAGUUGGGAAAAGGUCGGCUUGUGGAGGACGGCGCUUGGCGAGGAUGCGUCGAUCGGUAAAGGGAGGGGAACGGGUCCGUUGAAGACGUUGGUGCAAGAGGUCGAAGAGGUGUUGCAGAGCAUGAGGGGGAGGAUGGAAGAGAGGGGGAAACAGAUCCUCGGGUUGAAUUCGAGGAUCGCAACGUUCGUACCGACCUUGGGCAGGGAGUGGUUGCAGGUUAGCUUGGAUGACGUCGAACAAGGCUGGGAGGCGUUGGAUCUACGCCUCGAGAGGAUGAGCGCGCUCGAGAGGGAGGUCAUGAGGUGCGAGACCGAGAUUGUGAGUUUCCUUCAUCGUGCACUGUGCUUUCCAAUCCUAGUUCAAAGUCGCGAAUCUGAUCCAAUCGCGUCCGGUGCAGGCGCGCCGACGCGACGCCAUCAACGCCAACGUCAACGAGAUUUUCGCGCUCCGGUCCGAGCUCGGCAUUCACCAGGGCGAUGGCACCACCACCGACGACUUUGACGAAGCCAUCUUGGCCCAUCUUGGAAUUGGAGAGGGUCGGGAACGUAAAGAGUUGGAGCCGACGUCAGAGAACAUCGCCCGGGCCGAGGCCAAGAGGAAAUGGGUUCGUUGCAAUGUUCAGCUCGGCGGAAACAGACCAAGACAGCGUUCACUGACGGACGGUCUGCUUUCAAUUCUUUGCCUCCAGCUCGAGGACGAGAAGAAUCAACGCAACAUGACGAUUCAGACCACCUACGACAAAUUGUACCCGCUAUGGACCAUGCUUGGCGUAUCAGAAUACGAGAUGGAGCAGUUCGUCAACACCCACAUGGGAUCGACACAGGACGUAGUUAUGGCCGUGAGUGUUCUCGAUGCGCUCAUCCCGGGUUCUCAGAGCUGGAGAGCUGAUAGUAAUACCACCGAUUGUCCACGGGUACAGUACCAAGAUGAGCUCGCGCGCAUGCUCACCCUCAAGCGAUCGAACCUCUCCGCCUUCAUUCAACGGGAACGAGUGGCGCUCUCGAACCUCUGGGACGCGCUCUACCUCUCGAUGCCUCAACGUAUCGCCUCCUUCCCUCCCCUUCAAGUCUGCAUCGACUCGACGCGCGUGUGGAACGAGGUGACGGGCGCCGAGGAAGAGAUCAUCAACAAUAACGUCAGCGAGGAGUUACUCGUCGCGCACGAAAGGGAGAGGGAAAGAGUCGAGGCCGAGGUCGAGAGGUGUCAACCCGUUCUUGAACGGUUGGGCAAGUACUUUAGCGUCGUGGAGGAGAUGGCUCAGCUCGAGGUAAGACAAGGUUCCUGAUCUCCUUGGCGCUCCCUGCCUGCACAACAACAACUGAGCAUACGCAUUCUCUACAGGCCUCCGCCUCGGACCCGUCCCGAUUACUCGGCAAAUCGACCCGUGGCGACCCCGGUCGACUCCUUCGAGAAGAGAAGGCGCGCAAACGCGUCGUCAAGGAAAAGCCGCGGCUCGAAGCCGAACUAAGGCAAUUCAUCCCCGCUUGGGAACAACAGAACCAAAGACCGUUUCUCGUCAACGGGGUGCGCUUCUUGGACGAUCUGGAGAACAAGAUGGGCGCCGAGAUGGCGGAGAAGGAGAACAAGAAGGUGGGUCGCCUUCAGCUGCGAACAGAUUUAGACCUCGGCCUAACCCUUUCGACAUCCCAUACUUUGCAGCGCGAGAAAAUGGGAACCAAGUCGACAACAACGAUUCGACCUCUGCAAUCCCAAAUGACGGGCGCCUCCUCCGUCGGUCCCUUGAAACGCCAAAUGACGGGACGUAGCGCGACAGGAACUUCAACAACGGGGGGACCUGCAGCGAAGCGGCAAACGCCGAUGGCGACCGGUGGAGUACCAAGAGCAGUUGCUGUCGUGGACCAUGCUCCUCAGCUUUAUCAGCAAGCAGCGGCGCACCCGAUGGUCGUGGGGGGUCCGACCAAGUUGGUGCCUCAGAUGACGGGGAUGAAGUUGCCUAGUGGGUGGGGAGCACCUGCGGCUGUUGCAGCAACGGAACAGUAUGGGUAUCAACCGACAGCGCAGUACGGCAUGGCACCGCAGACGCAGUACUCUAUGCCGCCCUUGCGGGCUCAGCCGACGGGUGGAUUCAGACCCGGACCCAGAGCAUGA